CUUGUUCUCCACGUCUUUCUUGGGCUCUUACCACCAUGUUCUCCUCUACCCGUUCCUCGCACGCAACUGGCCACACCAAAAAGCCCUCCAUUGCCCCCUCGCUCUCAAGCACCAUCAACUGGCUCUCUCGCAGCUCAUCAUCCGUGUCCGUCAGUCAGACUGCCCGACAAAAAUCCGCUCGUUCCAUAGAAAUACUUUCGCCCAGAUACGGUUCGUUGGGCACAGGCGCGACAGUCGUUAGGACUCCCGACGAUGCAUUGAAGGACUCGGGUGUGCGUCUGACAUACGAAGACAGCUCACCUACAGAGGAGACUUACCAUGGCUACCUCGCUGAAGAGAAGCCGGAGGAUAUUAAUAGGCCACUCCCUCCACCGCCGCCUCCAUUACCGUUUGAGCUGGAAUCCGACGAAGAGGGCGAAGCUCUCGACUCGGAUGAUGAUGAAGAACGCAUUCGAGCGCUACCACCCCGCCCAACUCGUGCUUUACCGUCGUGUCCUACAAUCUCUCAUUCACAACCAGCCAAGAUGCCGUCAUUUACCGCUAGCUCCGAUUCUCUUCCACCACCUCCCUUCCGUGCCAUUCUGCUUUCUGACGCGCCAAGUUGUACCGUUGACCGGUCGAAAGUCGUCGUUACCCUUGAGACAUGCACAAAUACCCAUAAAACUACCUUUGAUACCCUCACAUCUCAACCUUCACGUUUGUCUGAAUUCCUUGCGGGCUUGUUCCCCCGCGCACGAAAUAUGUCCGAUGCAUCCUCUGUCUACUCGACAAGUAGUGAUGACAUGCAAGCUUAUCGAACCUCUCUGCAAUUGGCCUCGACGGCCUUCUCACACAGUCCUUUCCAUCUUCAUGUAUUCCUUGACCGGCCAAGUGAAUCAUAUCCUCAUAUCCUGGCCUAUCUUCGUUGCCAUCCCCAAUACCCCCGUCUUCUUCGUCUCGAUAUCGCAACGCUGUUAGAUCUGCGAGAUGAAGCUACGUUCCUCGGUCUGACCGGUCUUCAGGCACUCUGUGCGGAGGAGAUCCAACGUCUUGCUACUGUUGUACCGCCCGUGCACAGCAUGCGGGCCUCGGUGCACAGUAACUUCCUCGAGCGUGCUGGGCGUGAAAUGCGGCGGCCUGGACCGGCAGUAGGGGCAGGCUGCGAGGCUGAGAAGAGUUUAACUGACAGUGGAACGGGCUACCGCUCUCCACCCACACCUCAGUCGUGGAAGAAGAGCCAUACUCGUGAGUCCACGUCGACAAGUAGUCGUCGUUCGCGGGCUGGCUGGAUAUAGGCCAGUGUCAUCUGUGAUGGUAUUUAAUUAUUUUUCUCUUUCAUGCUCAUGUGCCUUACUGUUCUUGACUGCUCUGGAAUGCGUCACUGUAUUAUAAUCUUUAAUUCACGACCAUGUAUCCUUAGGUCCAUAGCAUAUGUCUGCUUAGUCUGUCACUACCGUAUAGAUGCAACAACGUUACCGCUGUUCAUUCUACCUUAUCGUGACUCGAACGCUGUUGGACUUUCGGCGAUCAAAGUGCCUUGCGUGUCCCGGGUCGCCCUGUUACUACCUACGUACACUCAUGAUGGCAUGAAAUGAGAAUGGGCUCACUAGG